GUGCUAGACUUCCGACUUAAUAGAUUGAUGGGAGCACAAGAAUCUCGAUCCCAACAAGCCUCAAGGGACGGUACGGAGGAUGUUGUCGAUUACUACGCACUUCUGGGACUCAGCGAGGAUUGCACCCAGGAUGAAAUCAAAAAAGCCUUCCGCAAACUGGCCCUUAAGCAUCACCCAGACAAAAAUGCCGAUGAUAUAGAAGGUGCGACAAGAAGAUUUGCGCAGAUUCAGCAAGCUUAUGAGGUGCUCAGCGAUGAACAGGAAAGGGCAUGGUAUGACACUCAUCGGGGGAACCUCGUUCCCGAACCAGACGCUGCAACUGUGUAUGAAGACAUCAGGAGGGGGUUCGACCCUUCAUCACAGGCACGUCGGAAGCACGCGGACCCUGGCCUGACGGCGGGCCACAUUCUUCACUUUUUUAAUGCCAAUACAUGGUCUACUAUGGACGAGGGAUCACAGGGUUUCUUCACCAUAUAUGGAAAUUUAUUCCGGCGAGUAGCCUUUGAAGAAUCUCAGCACUCUUCCGAUGGGGAAUACCCAGAGUUCGGGAAGCCAGCUUGGACUUGGGCGUCUGCAACUGAGGGCAUGGCAGCUCGGGACUUCUACAACGCAUGGUCAUCUUUCUCAACGGCCAAGGAUUUCUCGUGGAAAGACAAGUGGAAUUUGGCAGAUGCACCGGACAGGAGGACAAGAAGGUUGAUGGAACAAGAGAACAAGAAAGCCAGGGAUGAUACUCGUCGGGAAUACAAUGAUGCUGUGCGGUCCCUCGUCCACUUCAUCCGGAAGCGGGACCCUCGUUACAAGGCGCAUAUGGCCAAGCAAGCUCAAGGGUCGAAGUCUCCGCAAUAUUCGGAAUCUGUUUCCGCAGCCCAGAAGCGUCGUAAUCAAGCCGCCAGUGCCUAUGUCAAGCAGGAGUGGCAAAAGGUCAACUCAAAUCCUCAAAUUCAUUCUGCCUUGGACGAAUACGGUGGUGAGGGCGAGUUUGAGGGAGGCAGUGAAGAAGAAUCUUGGGAAUGCAUUGCAUGUAGGAAGACGUUUAGGAGUGAGAAAGCAUGGGAGAAUCAUGAACGAAGCAACAAACAUUUGAAGGAAGUCCAGAAAUUGCGGAGGAAGAUGGAACGGGAGAACGCCGAUUUCAAACUGGACGAAAAUGAUGCGGUUAACGACACUGUUUCACAAAAUGAAGCUAAUGGCGACGCCAGCGCAGUAUCCGACAAAGACGUACCAUCCGAAGAUUCAGCAGAUGAAGAUCUUUUGCAGGCGACGGUGCAAAUAUCUCUCCAGCCAACCACCAAUGAGGCAACAGCCCUCUCACCCGCACCAGAUCCCAUUCUUACGGCCCAAUCGGACGAAGACCCUCUGCUUUCGGCUCCUGCUCACGAACAGCCGUCACGCGCGAGAAAUACACCAGAGACGACCGCACAGGCUCCCAAAGAGGAGUUGUCCAAGAGAGACAAACGUCGUGCUAGAGAAGCAGCGAAGAAACUGCGCGAGGCUGAGGACGCCAAAAAACCUGACAUUGAGCAUUGUAAUGUAUGCGGGGAAGACUUCCCAAGUCGCACAAAACUUUUCUCUCAUAUCAACCAAACGGGGCAUGCAUUGGCGAAAGCGUACGCUCAGAAGCCUAUCCCCGGGAAGAACAACUUAAGGCAGAAGGGUAAGAAAGGCGAUCAAUUGGAGGAUGAUGACCAUGAUGAUCGAAAAAAGAGGGGAGGAAAAGUCAAAUGAAGAAAUGAUAUCUGGAUGUCUACUUUAAUAACUCCCAUUGUCCUAUCGUACUCCUUCGUGUGUAUCAUAGAUCUAGUAUACGUGUUACAUGGUCCUGCCAAAAAUUUUCUUGAGGAAAGCCAAGAAUACAUCCCGCUUGAGUCCCCCACGCUCCUCCUGUAUCUCGUUCACCAGGCCAACUAUCUUUUGGUACGCUUGUUGUUCAUACGCUCUGUAUUUCCCCUCAACAUCAACGGCCCUGAAGACUUCCUUGACGCGCUUCUCGCAUUCCGAAUCUUUCCUCCCAUAAUUGUCAUCGAGAAUCUUCCGCUGCUCUGGAGCUACGCUCUGCAGAGCGAUGUUGAUGACCCAAGAGUUCUUGUUGUCAAGGA